CGUUGGUCAUACAAGACGGCGAAUCCGCACAAAAAAAAAAAACAAUUUGAAAAUGCCCCUGUCGGACAGUUCCGCGUCUUCCGCAAAGAUCACCCGGAGAGCAGCGUCAGAACUCGCCAGAGCGGAAUCUCUUACAUCUCCACGGUUCGUGGGACGGAGGCAGAGCCUGAUCGAGGAUGCGAGGAAGGGGCGGGAGGCUGCGGCCGCGGCGGCCGCUGUCGAGGCGACCGAGCCGGGCGAGCAGAUCGUCUUCGAGGAAGAGGAUGGAAAAGCCGUGCUGAACCUCUUCUUCACGCUGAGGGUCGCCCAGAGCCCGGCGCUGUCGCGGGCACUCAAGGUCUUCGAGACGUUCGAGGCCAAGAUUCAUCACCUGGAGACCAGACCGAGCCGGAAGUCCAGCGCCGGAAAUCUCGAGCACCUGGACUACCUCGUGCGCUGCGUAGUACACCUGUCUGACGUGAAUACGCUCAUAGGCUCACUAAAGCGGACUGCUGAAGACGUCAGAACCACAAAAGAGGUUAAAGUUCACUGGUUUCCAAAGAAAAUCAGCGAGUUGGACAGAUGUCAUCAUUUGGUCACAAAAUACGACCCAGACUUGGACCAAGACCACCCAGGUUUCACGGACCCCAUCUAUCGACAACGGAGGAAAGCGAUUGGAGACCUCGCUUUCAGUCACAAACAUGGCACACCCAUACCCAGAGUGGACUACACCCAGGAAGAAAUUGCCACAUGGAGGGAAGUGUACAGCAUGCUGACUGAGGUCAACACCAUGCACGCCUGCAGUGAGCACCUGGAGGCGUUUGGGCUGCUGGAGAAACACUGCGGCUACAGCCCAGACAACAUCCCCCAGCUGCAGGACGUCUCCAGCUUCCUCAGAGAGCGUACUGGUUUCCAGUUGCGUCCGGUCGCUGGGCUCCUCUCAGCCAGGGACUUCCUGGCCAGUCUGGCGUUCCGGGUUUUCCAGUGUACUCAGUACAUCCGUCACGCGUCCUCCCCCAUGUACUCACCCGAACCCGACUGCGUGCACGAGCUGCUGGGGCAUGUCCCGAUGCUGGCGGACAAAACCUUCGCCCAGUUCUCUCAGAACAUUGGGUUGGCCUCCCUGGGGGCAUCUGAUGAGGACAUAGAGAAGCUGUCCACGCUGUACUGGUUCACGGUGGAGUUUGGGCUCUGCAGACAGGGCGGGGAGGUGAAGGCCUAUGGAGCUGGCCUGCUGUCCUCCUACGGAGAACUACUGCACGCUCUGUCGGACGAGCCGGAGCGCAGAGAGUUCGACCCGGAGGAGGCCGCUGUGCAGCCCUACCAGGACCAGAAUUACCAGCCCGUCUACUUUGUGUCUGAGAGCUUCACUCACGCCAAGGAGAAACUCAGGGAGUAUGUGACAGGGAUCAAGCGGCCGUUCUCGGUGCGGUACGACCCGUUCACGGAGAGCGUGGAGGUGCUGGACGACCCUCUGAAGAUCCGGGCGGGCCUGGAGUGUGUGAAGGACGAGCUGAAGACCCUCACAGACGCCCUGAACGUGCUGGCGUAGGGCAGCAGGCCCGGUCCCGAGGCCCCGGGCCCCUCCUGGCCCCUCCUGGCCCCUCCUGGCCCCUCCUGGCCCCUCCUGGCCCCUUCAGCGAAACACACAAACAAUCAUUUAAAAAACAGAAAAAUAUCACCGACUGUAUAGCACAUUUGUGUUUUUAUAAUUGUCUCGAUGUCACGUGCAUUACUUUGUGAUUAAAUGAGUGAGCGUGUUGCUCUUUUCCUCUUGAA